UGCACCUCGCGCGUUUGUCUUCCUGUUUAGUGCAGCAGCUGGAAAAAUGGCAGCUGAUACAGGGAGAUACAGGAGUGCUGUUAGCAAAAGCAAAGACCCUUCCGGUCUGCUCAUCUCUGUUAUAAGGACUUUGUCCAACAGCGAUGAUGUGCAGGACAGGGAGACAGAGAAGGGGCGUCUUGAGGAGGCUUUUGAGAAAUGUGACAGGGACUUGGAUGAGCAGAUUGUCCAGCACUAUGCUGAACUCACCACAGCAAUCCGGACCUACCAGAGCAUCACCGAGCGCAUCACAAGCUCCCGCAACAAGAUCAAACAGGUGAAGGAGAACCUGCUGUCCUGUAAGAUGCUGCUCCAUUGCAAGAGGGACGAGCUAAGGAAGCUGUGGAUAGAGGGCAUCGAGCACAAGCACGUCCUCCAGCUGCUGGAUGAAAUCGAGAGCAUCAAGCAGGUGCCUCAAAGGCUGGAGGCCUGUAUGGCGAGCAAGCACUACCUCCACGCUACAGACAUGCUGGUGUCAGCUGUGGAUUCCUUGGAGGGCCCCCUGCUGCAGGUGGAGGGGCUGGGAGACCUGCGCCUGGAGCUCCACAGCAAGAAACUCAACAUCCACCUGGUGCUCAUCGAUGAGCUGCACCGACACCUCUACAUAAAGUCUACAAGCCGCCUGGGGCACAAGAACAAAGAAAAAAAUGCUGCUCGUCAGCUGGGCUCCACAGCCAAAGACACGUCUCAUAUGCCUGUGCUGGAUGUCAGCAGUCUGUCAACCCCACGCAAACUCUUGGACUCGUCCCAGUUCAGUACCCCUGGCUCUGGCAGCGUACGUGAGCUGCAGCAGGAGGUGCGGGAGCUGAACCAGACGGACCUCCCUGAGGUGGACCCAGAGGAGAACAGUGCUGAAUUCAUGGGCAUCCUUAUCAAGGCUCUAGCAAAGCUGAAGAAGAUACCAGAGACCAUCAAAGCUAUCAUGGAGCGACUGGAGCCUGAGCUGAAACAGAUCGUCAAGAGGUCCACCACACAGAUAGCGGACCACGCUUACCAAAGAGGAGAAAACCUGGCACAGGAGAGCCAGCCCAGGCUGCUGCUGGAACUGUUGGAGCUGCUGUUUGAUAAGUUCAAGGCGGUGGCCCAGGCUCACAGUGUGGUGUUGGCCCACUUGCAGCAGAUCGUGGUGCAGUGCCCGGGCGGGGCCCACGAGGAGGGUAUCAAGCUCUAUGAGCAGGCUGACGUCUCCGCCAAGAUCCAGACAGUGCUGCAGGUUCUGCUUAUGGAUUACCUUGAUGUGAAGAACAGCCGCAGCGCUGCCGAGCCCUCAGCUCAGCUUUCCUAUGCCAGCACCGGCAGUGAGUUUGCUGCUUUCUUUGCCAAGAAAAAACCUCAGCGUGCCAAGCAAUCCCUCUUCAAAUUUGAGUCAUCUUCUCAUGCUAUUAGCAUGAGCGCCUACCUGAGAGAGCAGAGGAGGGAACUCUACAGCAAGAGUGGAGAACUACAAGGUGGAGCAGAUGACAACCUGAUUGAAGGGGGAGAAAUGAAGUUUGUGUGUAAACCAGGAGCCAGGAACAUCACUGUGAUCUUCCAGCCUCUCCUCAGGUUCAUCCAGGAGAUAGAGAUGAACAUGGGCCCCGCCCCCGGCCAAGCCAAGCAGUGCCAGCUCAGAACCUUCCUCACCUAUUACAUCAACGACCUCUUCCUCAACCAGGUGCGAACAGAGAUCAAUAAGGAAAUUGAGGCGGUGAGCAAGACAUCUGACCCGUUGAAGAUCCUUGCCAGCGCUGAUACCAUGAAGGUUCUGGGUGUCCAGAGGCCCCUGCUACAGAGCACGGUGGUAGUAGAGAAGUCCAUCCAGGAUCUAAUGAGUCUGAUGCAGGACCUCAGUGCCUAUUCCAAUCAGUUCCUCGAGAUGGUCUGCGACAAGCUCAAAGAGUACAAGGACAUCUGCAACACAGCCUACAGGGGUAUAGUCCAGUGUGAGGAGAAGCUGACCAUCAGUGCUUCCUGGUCUAAAGACGAGGACAUCAGUCGUCUCCUCCAGUCACUCCCUAACUGGGCCAACAUGGCCCAACCAAGACAAACCCGACAGAAGAGAGAGGAUGAAGAGGACUUCACUCGGGCUGCAUUUGCCAAGGAGUCAGAGGUGCUGACUGGUAACCUAGGAGAUAAACUAAUUCCCCAGAACGAGAUCCUGCGUGACGUCAGUGACCUGAAGGCUCUGGCCAACCUCCACGAAAGCAUGGAGUGGCUCGCUGGUCGCCUCAAGACCUUCUUCUCCAGUGUGCCUCAGGCCACCAGUGCAUCUCCAGGCUCAGUCGACACCCGAGAGACAGGUGAGAGCGAGCGGAGCAGGGAGCAGAUUCUCCAGACCCUUAGCGACCUGUCCAGGGGCUUCCAGGACAUUGCAGAUCGCUGCCUCCUGGUCCUGCACCUGGAGGUCAGGGUGCAUUGUUUCCACUAUCUGAUCCCCCUGGCUAAGCAGGGCAACUACGCCAUCGUGGCUAACGUGGAGAGCAUGGACUACGACCCGCUGGUGGUCAAACUGAAUAAAGACAUCUCAGCCAUAGAGGAGGCCAUGGGGGCCGGCCUGCAGCAGCACAAGUUCCAGUACAUCUUCGAAGGUCUGGGUCAUCUGAUCUCCUGCAUUCUGAUCAACGGGGCCCAGUACUUUAAGAGGAUCAGUGAGUCUGGUAUCAAGAAGAUGUGCAGGAACAUCUUUGUCCUCCAGCAGAACCUCACCAACAUCACCAUGUCCAGGGAGGCUGACCUUGACUUUGCCAGGCAGUACUAUGAGAUGUUGUACAACACAGCAGACGAGCUGCUGAACCUGGUGGUGGACCAGGGCGUCCGCUACACAGAGCUGGAGUACAUCAACGCCCUCUCCUUACUCCAGCGCAGUCAGACCGGCGUGGGUGACCUGGGCACCCAAAACACCCGCCUGCAGAGGCUGAAGGAGAUCAUCUGUGAGCAGGCCGCCAUCAAACAGGCCACCAAGGACAAGAAGAUCACCACUGUGUGAUGAUGCAGCAGAAUGGAGUUCAGAGGGGUCACGGGGUUGAUGGUGGUUUGGCUGAAAUUCCAUGACUGGUUACUAAUGAAAAGGAAUCGCUGCGUAUUCCAGACCUGGCUCAUUAUAAUGUGUGAAAUCUGUAGGAUCAAAAGUCUAUCUUCUUUUUUUUUUUUUAUCUUCUCUGAUGUGAUGGAACCUUUUGUAGUCGAGCGCAGUCACAGAUAUAACUUCCCACAACUUUGAUUUUAUCAGCCUGCUUACAGUACCACUGACAUUUAAUUGGGAAGUGAAGUCGCAAAGUCCCCCAACCACUUAUAACAACAAGUAGUGUCAAUCUCUCAUCAAGUUAGACAGGCAAAAAGAUUUCAAACCCUUAUUGAAUCAGGUCUGAAACUGUAUGUCCCUCUGGUAUGUCAACAAUGACAUGGCUCCAUAGGCAACUUAUUGUCAUAAGGGAAACUAUAUUGGCACUUCUUUCAUUUUUAAAAGACACACAAAUGCAACAUACAUACGCGUGCACAGUGAAUCAAACAAUUCCCCACUCACCCUAGCUUCAACUCCAGAUAAAAGGCAAUUGUCUUGGACACCCACCCCAACUUAGGCCCCAUCUCAUCUCAUUUCCCUAUUAGAUCUAAACUGCAGCUCUCAAUUACACCCUCUAUCUCUCCUCUCCUGGCUGCCCCAUGGGCCCACUGACUCUGUCUGCAAUAACAGAUGCCAGAUUAGACUCUGAAUGAGGCCACAUCUUCUGCCUGCCGCCAAUUUGGGUUAGUCCCCAAAGGUUCCCCAGGCUUACAAUUGUCUCAUAUCUACAGCUGCUAAAAAGUCUGUUUAUCUGUCUUUUUUCUUAGAGUUGGUGAAGUAAACUUGUGUGGCUAACGUGGGAAGUCACGAGGUAUAUUGGAUGAAAGAGUGACUUAAAAAUAGAAGUUGUUUUUUUGCUGAGCUUUUCCCAUCUACAGCGAUGCUAUUAUAUCACUUUUUCAUUCAUCCUCUAUAACCAGAACCAUGUAUACUUAAAAUUUAAUUCAAGGAACACCACACCACAGUAGAAUGACCUGCAAGUGUUAUGUUGCGGCGAGUGUUUCGGGGCACAGUUCAUCAGUUAUUCAGCCCAUAUGAACUGACAUUGGUGCAACUGUGAAUCUGCCUCUGUCAUCUCUAAUACACAUGCUGAAAACUUAAAUUUGACAUCUUCUAAACUGAACUGAACACUCACGCUCAAAAGACAGUCACAAAUCAUUCCCAUCCCUGGACCCCUCUGUGUUUUUAGUUCAUUAACUCAGGAGAGAAGUACUUAACGAGAGAACGAGAGGGGAAAGAGAGCCUUGUCAAUACAGCGGGCCCAGCGCUGGUCCCCCGGAAACCCACAGAGCAAUCCAUCAUAAUGACACAUAGGCUGGGAUCGAUGGGAAAACAACCACGGAGCGUCUGCGGGGUUCGCCUGCCGCCUUGAAAUGUACACUUAGUAUAAAGUCUAAAAUCUGCUCAUUCAGCUGUUCAGUUCAGAGCUACUUUUAUAUUGUUAUACAUGGGGAACUUAAAUGUAGAGUUACAGACUGUAACGUGUCACACACAUAGAUACUCACGCACACAACACAUACACACAUUAUCACACAAUUAUAACUGUAUGCACACGCACAACCCAUGGAACUCUAUAGGGCUAAUGUAAUUUCAAUUGUGUGGGCAUACUGGGUAUACAGUAUAAAUGUAAUCAAGUAACACUCCUGCUGCCCAUGCCUCUCACUCAUGACUAAAACAUGUAAAAUGUGAUUAAGGUCCAUCUUUUACAUGCAGGCAAAUUCAGCACAUGCUCUUUUUUGCAUUAAUCUUUUUUGUUUGUUUGUUUUGUUAUAAAGAAAUUGUUUUGCAUACAAAUUAGUGUGGUAAUGAGAGAAAAUUUGAUUUUAGUUAUGCCAAAGUGUAACCACUGUAAAGUCAUAACAUCUCCAUUCUUCUUGUUAUUGUUGCCUGUUAUUCUCAUAAAUGCUUUGAAUUCUUCACCCCACACUAAAUGAUGGUGAGAUGAUUUGCCAAUGUAUACACUGCUGUACCUGAAAAAAAAAAAAAAAUAAACAAUCCAAAUUCCUGA